AUGGAGAAGCAACCAGCAAUCCCGCCAAAUCCGUUCUCUGAUAGCGCUGCUGCAUCUCUCCGAGCUGCAUCCUACUACUCGCAGCCCUCUGAUUUUCCGUCGGGACCCAGGCAACCCACUCGGCGCCAGUUCAGGUCGUAUCGGCUCAACGGCGAAUAUGAACGACCAUGGCUGAACGACAAACGGCUGUUGAGAACUCGAGUUGGCAACUAUAUCAUCUGGGGGUUCAUCGUCGUGGGCCUCGCCCUCAGCGCCUACAUUAACUUCGCAGUCACCCGAAAGGUGUCCAGACACCAGUACUGCCUGGUUCUCGAUGACCAGUUUUCCUCUUUCAACAAGGACGUCUGGAACCAGGAAGUCCAGGUAGGUGGUUUUGGCACGGGUGCCUUCGACUGGACUACAACAGACGAAAAAAACUCGUUUGUAGAUAGCGAAGGCCUCCACAUCGUACCAACAUUGACCACCAACUCGACGUCGAUUACGGAGGCGCAACUCUUAGAUGGCUAUACACUGAACCUCACCAAAGCCGGCGGAGAUGGAUCUUGCACAGCCGACACCAAUUUUGCAUGCUCCGUCCGGUCGAACAAGACUCUCGGUACCAUCAUCCCUCCCGUCCGAUCCGCUAGACUAAACACCCGAGGAAAGAAGGGUAUCCGUUACGGCAGAGUCGAAGUUGUCGCCAAGAUGCCAAGGGGAGAUUGGUUCUGGCCCGCUAUCUGGAUGAUGCCCGUGAACGAGACAUACGGCACCUGGCCGGCAAGCGGGGAGAUCGAUAUUGCUGAAAGCAGGGGGAACGAUGUUCACUACCCCCUUGGCGGAAGGGAUGUCGUGUCAAGCUCCAUUCAUUGGGGCCCGACACCUGGUACUGACGCCUUUUGGAAAUCAACCCGUGGCAAAGCUCUCCGCCGAACAGAUUACACCAAGGGGUUCCACACUUUCGGUAUGGAAUGGUCUGAGGACUACAUGUUUACGUACCUCGACAGUCCCUUACAACAGGUGAUGUACUGGAAGUUCAAGAAAGACCAAACCAUGUGGCAACAGGGAGGGUUCGAGGGACGAACAGUCAACUCGUCUCUGCUGGUAGAUCCUUGGUCCCAGACAGGGCGGUCAAACACCCCUUUCGACCAGGAAUUCUAUCUCAUCCUGAACGUCGCCGUCGGGAGCACGAAUGGCUGGUUCCUGGACGGCACUGGGCAUAAACCGUGGACGGACGCGGGCAAGGCUGCUUCAGACUUCUACAAAAGUCUCAACACUUUCUAUAAAACUUGGCCAGAAGACAAGAAUCGUGGCAUGACCGUGAAGUCGGUUCGAAUGUGGCAACAGGGGCCGUGCAGUUGA